UAAUGAAAUUGGUCUCCGAUCUAGUGUCUUGCGUUGCCCGGCAGCAAGGCAAUAACAAAUCGUCUUUUUAUAGACGCGGCGGCACUAAGCCCUAAUGAGUUAAGUGAUGGAUGUGGUCCCUGGGUAUUGAUGCGUCGUAUUGUUGUGGGCUCGCCCUCGAAAACAGCACUCGAUAAGUGAACCGGACAAUACCAUAACCGCCACCAGUCAAAGGGUUCGAUUUGCCCUCCGGGUGUGGAUUCCCAGUCUCGAUCAUGUUGGACAAGAGUGUAGUAGGGGUCCAACCGCGAAUUGUUUGGACAUUAGACGACAUCAAAACCAAAGAACUGGAAGCCAUGGAAAAGGAAGAAGAAGAAAAUGACAAGUGGAUGGAAUUCGCUGGACGGUCCACUUGCGCCGCAGUGGUCCAUCUGGGCGAGAAAUCGCAGCCGCUGCCCGUGAAAAUCGUUUGGCGGAUCACCUUGAUCGUCGGGGUCAUCCUGAUGAUUGCCUCCACUUACUUCUCAGCUUCGUCCUUCCUGAGCUUCUCCGGCAAUAGCGAAAUGAUGCUGCAAACCGAUUCCGACAGCUGGAUCGAACAUCCCAAUUAUCACAUUUGCACGUCCAACACUUUCAAUCUGACCAUCCUCAAAGAGUUGGGAUUCGUCGAUGCCGAAAUGAUUUCCUAUUUGCUACUGACGACGUCCUUGUUUGUCGUCUCUCCUGCCCUCCUGCAGAACGUUGAAAGACAGCGCCAGUUGGAGAUGAAAUUUGACAAAAUUGUGGAACAAAAUGGAAUCGAAGAUGUCGCUGAAAUCCUCCAACGAGCCGUGCUCCAGUGUGAAGACAUCAUCGCCGGUUGCAUUUCACCCAGCGUUUACAUUGACGGUGCCGACUGUUGCAAGACAUAUUUCCCGAGGGGAAGUUUCGCGUCAUCGACAGGAGCUUGCGUCACCACCUUUUCCGCCCCACCCAUUAUUCAGCGUAUCCCUUCAAUCGGAUUCGGAUUUGUUGUCCUCGUCAAGGAUUCACGGGAUUCCAGCGCGCUGGAUAAUUCGAUAAUCAAUCCGAUCAUGGCCAACCAGAAGGGAGUCAUCUUUACAGCUGCCGACAAGUGGACCGAUCCGAUGGUGGCUUUGUUUCAAGACCGGCACUACACUCGCGUUGGACUGUGGACCUCUAUCGCCAUCUCCAGAACAACAGUUAACGACGAGGAAAUUAUGCAAUCGUUGAUAUCUCAUAAAAUUUGCGCCCAACGGGAUGCGCAAAACACUUUCCUUCAUUUGGUGCCGGGUUUCGUCAACUAUACGGAAAACAACUGCGUUUAUGCUAACCGUCAGCAAAGAAUUGUCGACGCAUCCAAAUGUCACCUUUACUUUUUGCCAUACAAAGGUGAUUUGCCAUCGUGUCGUCCGCAGCAAGUAUUAGAAUUCGUGCACAAGGUUAUAGUCGGCGGGGAAACGUACUUGAAUCCGGUUUUCCGAUACUUCCCUGGAUGCGUCAGUGAAUGUUGGAGGGAAACUUACCAAUUCUCGACUAGUUACGCCGAUUUGCAACUGGCUUCCAAUUUCCAAUUUGGCAAUUGGACCAUCACGCCUGAUCAAAGUAAGCAAUUGGCGGUGCUAAAUUUCUUUUAUCCGACAUUCACUCAAAAUUUGUUGGUUAAUCAUUAUCCCACCAUUAACCAAGGACUUGGAAUUGUGGGCGGUAACUUGGGCCUAUUUCUGGGUGCCAGUAUGGUGACCGUUAUCGAAGUGGUGGUCUUCGUCUUCACCUACUUCUGCCCAUCCAAAUGGACACGUGAUUAAUUCAAAUAUUGGGCAAUCCAAUAUUUCCCAUAGUGGCACAGUCCUGUAGUCAAUUUCUUAAUUUGAAACCGAUCGGUAUUCUCUAAAAACCGAUAUCAUUUAGAUAGGGUUAAAGUUUUUGUCUCAUGCACUAAAUGACGAAACACUUUGAUGGACAUAGGAGAUGAAACUAUUGAUUUGCAUUGAUAUAAAAAAUGCAAACAUUCAGUUUGAAAAUGAUAUAGUGUCAAGGCAAUCACUUAGUUCAGACGACGAAUGCGUUGACUCGACACAUUUGCUGAUGUUUUUAUUUGCUUGAAGGGAAUUUAUUGUGCAAUUUGCAGAAGUAGACGAAUAUGUGGACUGGGCAUUAGCCUACAAAUUGUCUGAAUAAUAACGUCUCUUUAUUCUGAUGACUUUUGCUAUUCGUGGGAAGUCAGAAAAUGGGUUUGGGUACCAUUUUCAACAUUGCCAGUCGUCUCUUAACGUUUGCGCAUGAUUCAUGGAGU